AUGGGAUACGCUAGGAAGCAGAAUUUGGGAGGAAAAAUCCUGGCACCCCGACUCAGCGAGGAGAGCGGAGAGGAAAACCCCUACAUGUGCAACAAUGAAUGUGAUGCCACCACAGAGGAGCUGGCCCACCCUCCAGAGCUCAUGUUCGACAUUGAGGGCCGUAACCCCACCACCUUCUGGCAGUCUACAUCCUGGAAGAAGUACCCCAAGGCACUUUUGGUCAACAUCACCCUCUCCUGGAACAAGACAAUCGAGCUGACCGAUGACAUAGUGCUCACCUUUGAGUCGGGACGUCCAGAGCAAAUGGUGCUAGAAAAGUCCUUAGAUUAUGGAAGAUCUUGGCAGCCCUAUCAGUUUUACGCCACUGACUGCUUGGACGCGUUCACAAUGGAGCCCAAAACAGUGCGUGAUCUAACCCAGCAUACUUUACUGGACAUUAUCUGCACAGAGGACUACUCCAGAGGGUACGUGUGGAAGUAUGAUAAAACAGUGAGGUUUGAAAUCAAAGAUCGGUUUGCGCUGUUCGCCGGGCCACGUCUCCACAACAUGGCGUCCCUCUACGGGCAGCUGGACACCACCAAGAACCUGCGGGACUUCUUCACCAUCACUGACCUCAGAAUCCGACUGCUUAGACCCGCCACAGGAGCCACAAUGGUAGACGAGGGCAACCUGUCUCGCUACUUCUACGCCAUCUCUGACAUCAAGGUCCAGGGCAGGUGCAAGUGCAACCUUCACGCCAACAGCUGUGUGUUCGACAAAGAGAAGCUGAGCUGUGAGUGCGAACACAACACCACUGGCCCAGACUGCGGCCGCUGCAAGAGGAACUACCAGGGCCGGACCUGGAGCGCAGGAUCCUACCUGCCCAUCCCCAAGGGAACCGCCAACGUCUGUGUCCCUAAUAACAUUGGUCCAGUUAUUCGGACGAAUGCCACCUCGCUAGGUGUCGCUAAUCGAAAAGAAGUGGUGUUGCAGCUCCAUGUCAUAGUGCUGUGCUUCACCUCGGCUCCUCCUCCGCCUCCUGUGGUUGUGGUUGUGCUUGUAGUGAUCUAA